AUGGAAAACGAUUUUAUUGAAGAACCUAUAUUAGCUGAUGAUGAUGAUGACGAAGAACAAUCGCAUGGUUAUAAAACAAAAUCAAAACAUGAUAAAUUAAUUGAUUCGAUUGUUCAUUUGGGUGGUAAGAAACGGAAAGUUACUCUUCGAACAGAACCAAUUAGUAAUCCAAAUAAUCUUAUUGCCUCAACACAAACAUCAUCGGCGUCGAAAAAAAUAAAAAGUCAUCAAUUAUUAUCUAGUUUAAAAAAGACUUCAUCAUUACAAGUAGAAUCAUUAAAAAAACAAUUAGCUAAAGUUAAUAAACAUCAAUCUGUACUUCAACAACCAUUACAAAAACCACAAGCAGAAAAGGCUGAACGUAUUGCUGCUUACAAUCAAGAAAAGAAAUCUUUAACUAAAUGGGAUCCGAUUGUUGAGAAACAUCGAACUGCAGAAACAUUAAAUUUUCCACUUCAAAAUGGUGGUGUUCAAUUUCAAACUACUCAGGAAUUUGUUGGAAAAUUUAAACCAUUAAGUUCAUUAGAAAAGGAUAUAGCAGCUAUAUUACAAUCAAGUACAAAUAAUAUUCAACCUGAUUCAUUACUUACACAAGCUGAAAAGAAGAUUAUUAGUAAAAUGGAUUUACUUGAAGCAAAACAAAAAUUAGAUGAAUUAAAAAAAAUGCGUGCAUUGAUUUCAUAUCAACAAGCUAGAUUGAAACGCGUAGGAAAAAUCAAGAGUAAAAAAUUUCGUCGUCUAGUGCGAAAAGAUCGUCAAAAACAAGAAGAAAAAGCUUUAGAAAAAUUAUCAGUAGAAAAUCCUGAUCAAUUUCUUGAACGCUUAGAAAAACUUGAACUACGUCGUAUUGAAGAACGUUCAACACAACGUCAUAAAAAUUCAACAAAAUGGGCUAAAGAAAAACGUUUAUUAACAAAGUUUAAUACAAAAGUACGAGAUGAUGUUGAAGAACAAUUAAAACUUGGUAAACAAUUAAGUAAAAAACAAGCUCAAGAUGAAAGUGAUGAUGAUGACGAUGAUGAUGAUGAAGAUGAUGAUGAACCAUUAACAAAAAAAUCCGUAGUCGAAAUACCAAAAAAGAAAUCGACAGAAAUACCAUUAAUUCUUGCACCGUCUCAUAGCGAAACGGAAGCUAAUCCAUGGUUGACAACAAGUGCAGUUCUUCCAGCAUCGGAAUAUUCGAAACCAGGUGAAGUUCGAAAUGAAGAUAGUUCAUCAUCAGAUAGUGAAGAGGAAGAACAAGAACAAGGAGAUGAAAAAGUUGAAGAUAAUGAAAAUAAUCAUUCUCAAAAUGAAUCAUUAGAAAAUAAAAGUUAUGGAAUAACACAAACGAAAUCUUCAGAUCAUCUUAAUAUGCCAGUGACAACUAAACGAGUUGAAAUUACACAACCACAACAAUCAAAUGAACAGCAUCAUAUGAAUAUUCAAGAAGCAUUUGCUGAUGAUGAUGUUCUUGCUGAAUUUGAAAAAGAAAAGACUGAUAUCAUUGAACGUGAUCGUCCAAAAGCAAUUGAUUUAUCAUUACCAGGUUGGGGUGAAUGGUCUGGAGCAGGUGUUCCAGUUAAUAAACGAAAAAAACGAAAAUUUUUAGUUCCUCCAAAACCUGCACCACCUCGUCGAGAUGUGCACCUUCAACAUGUAAUAAUCAGUGAGAAAGCUGAUCAAAAAAUCUCUGAACACCGUGUUAGUGAUUUACCAUUUCCAUUUGUUAAUGUUGAUCAAUUUGAAUCAUUAAUGCAACAACCAUUAGGUCGUGAAUGGAAUCCUGAAACUGCAUAUCGUCGUUUAAAUCAACCAAAAGUACGUACACGUAGUGGUGUACGUAUUGAACCAUUAAAUAAACAAGAUAUUUUUCUUAAACAUAAUCGUUCGAAUCAAGAGCAAUCACCAUUUGAUGUUAAAUUAACAGAGAAUAAUGAUCAAGAAAAAUCUUUAUCAAAUAUGGAAAAUAAUUCUUUAUUUGAUAAUGAACAAAAUCAGAAGAAAAAAUUGAAAAGAAAAAAAAAACAAAAUUAA